AUGACACCAAAUAAUGCCAGUUUCACAACAAAUAUCAAGACACGCUUCCUGAUUUGCUCGGACACCCAUGGAAUCGACAGUUUACCCGGCUUCGUUCCGUCCGCGAAGCAACAUGCAGACGUUGCUAUUCACUGCGGAGAUCUCACCACCCAAUCUCAACUCCAUGAAUACAAAGCGUCAAUCCGCUUGCUCCAGACCAUCAAUGCACCUUUAAAGCUUGUCAUAGCCGGGAACCACGAUUUCACAAUGGACAUACCAAUGUUUCGAAAAAAGAUCGCAGAGGCCCAGUCGUUGGAGCGUGAGCUCGUUGAGGAAGCGUAUGGAUAUCACGGCGAGGCUAGAGGAUUGUUUGAAGGCACAGGAAUCACUUUCCUGGACGAAGGCGUACACACCUUCCAUUUACAGAAUGGCGCUUUGUUGACUGUUUAUGCCAGUCCAUACACACCUUCAUUUGGAGAUUGGGGUUUUCAGUACCACCCCGAUAAAGGCCAUGACUUUAUAAUUGAGAAUGGCAGUGGUACUAAUGCCGUGGAUGUGGUGAUGACACACGGGCCGCCGAAGGGUAUCAUGGACUACACUCAAUCCGGUGAACGGGCAGGCUCCCCGGACCUCUUCCGCGCCCUAGCUCGCGCCCGACCACGACCACGAAUGCAUUGCUUCGGUCACAUUCAUGAAGGCUGGGGUGCGAAACUUGUUACGUGGCGUGACAGAACUACCGCUAUGCCCUCCCACCUAACAGAUAUCGAUAAUGGACAGUGUUAUCCUAUAGCGAAGCUCUCGGACAUGAAAGAUGGAAUUGGACCAGGAUUGAACUCCAACGGUGCGCCUGGAAUGUACUUUGCUACCAGCCAUUGUUCUGAGGAUGCUCAUCCACUGAACUGGGGUUCUCAAACGCUGUUUGUGAAUGCUGCCAUUGAGGGGACACCCCAACCCCUGGAUGACCGGAAGGACAAUAUAUCGAUGCAGCUACCCUGGGUUGUUGACCUUGAACUCCGAUCUUCUUUUGGGGUGGCAGAAGAAACAGAUGAGCGGGAAAGGUGA